AUGACCACUGACGGUGCAAGUGUCAUGGUAAAAGUUGGCAAACUUGUAUCUUGCUAUCAACAGCUUUGUUUUGCACACGGUAUACAAUUAGCUGUGGUCGAUAUCCUGUACAAAAAAAGGGUCGAAGGAGAUAUAGAACUUACAAAAAAGUCGUUGACCAUUUUGGAUAUUGAUGAUGACGAAAAUGUGGCCGAAAUAAACGAUGUAGAAGGUUUGACAAUAACUAUCGAUAGACAACCCGCAGAUGUGAUUCGAGUAUAA